AUGUUGUCCCGGGUGAGCCGCGUUCGGCCCGCUCUGGCCCGGAUCCUGGCCCCUCAGACCCGGGUCCUGGCCCCUGCACAUACCCGGCCCGUAUCCCAGUCCAGACCCAACGGAGCGACCUCUGCGGCGGCCACAGAGGCUCAUGCUCCCCCGGCCAGCGUGGAGCACGGGGAGGUCAGCCAGUACACCAAGAACCCGGAUUAUCACGGCUUCUCUGCGGAUCCAGUGGUCGACGAAUGGAACAUGAGGAUCGGCUUCUUCUUCGGCAUCUCUGUCGCCUUGGUGAUCGGAGGGACCUUCAUCCACUACCUACCAGACCAUGGGAUGCGGCAGUGGGCGCGGCGGGAGGCAGAGCGUGUGUUGGUGCAGAGAGAGAGAGACGGUCUUCCUCUGAUCGGAGAAAACUACUACGACCCAAACGCCAUCGUGCUCCCGACCAAAGACCAAAACGGCCUCUGGGACCGUGACGGCUCCUCUGCUCUCCCCGGGCUCCCUCGCUCACCUGUCGGCAUGACGGAGCUCAGUAUCCUCGGGGUCACGGUGCGGUUCCCCUUCGCUCCGUACGACUGUCAGCGGGACUACAUGAACCGAGUGAUCGAGUGUCUGCAGAAGAAGCAGAAUGGUGUGCUGGAGUCUCCCACUGGUACUGGUAAGACCCUGUGUCUGCUCUGUGCUGCGCUCGGAUGGAGAGACAACUUCAAAGACACCAUCAGCGCCAGAAAGAUCUCAGAGCGACUGAAGGGAGAGGAACUGUUCCCAGAUACCAUGAAGACCUGGGGGACCGCUGCUACAGACGGAGACUCUACAACGUACUACACAGACAUCCCUAAGAUCAUCUACGCGUCGCGCACACACUCUCAGCUGGCUCAGGUCAUCGGAGAGCUGAAGAACACCUCGUACCGGCCCAAGGUGUGUGUGCUGGGAUCCAGAGAGCAGCUGUGUGUGAACCAGGAAGUGAUGAGGCAGGAGAGCAACCACGCCAAGGUCCACAUGUGCCGCGCCAAAGUCUCCACUCGCUCCUGUCAGUUUUACAACAACGUAGAAGAGAAAAGCACCGACCGAGAUCUGGUCAACUCCAUCCUGGACGUGGAGGAUCUAGUGAAGUACGGGACCAAGCAGCGUGUGUGUCCGUACUACCUGUCCCGGUCCCUGAAGCAGCAGGCGGACAUCAUCUUCAUGCCUUACAACUACCUGCUGGACCCAAAGAGCCGCAGAGCCCACAACAUUGAACUGAGUAAAGCGGUGGUGAUUUUUGACGAGGCUCACAAUGUGGAGCGCACGUGUGAAGAGUCCACGUCCUUCGAUCUGACGCCGUUUGACGUGGCGUCUGCGAUCACAGCUGUGGACCGGCUCCUGUCAGACCAGGCCAAAGACCUGAAGGAGGGUCUCGCCGACAGCUUCAGUGCAGACUCUCUGGGACCAGCAGGACUGAAAGUGGACAUCGAGACCAUGGCCAAAGUCAAACAGAUACUUCUGGACCUAGAGGCCACCAUAGACUCCUUCCCGGUCCCCAAAGACAAGGGCCUCACCAAACCUGGCAUCUUCAUCUACGAGCUGCUGGAGAGAGCACACCUGACGUAUCGCUCGAAGGCCGUGGUGCUGGAGGCUGUGGAUCAGAUGACUGGAUACCUGAGCGGCCAACAGGGGCUGUUCCUGAACACCACAGGUCUGCAGAAGUUGGCCGACAUCAUCCAGCUGGUGUUUUGUGGUGAACCUGCAGAGAAAGACCAACAGCUCCUGAUGCAGAACAACACGGCACAUUUUAAGGUCCACAUCCAUCAGGACUCGUCCCAAAAGAAGAAACAGACUCAGGAUCUGUGGAACUCUGCAGCGCCCAAGAAACAAGGGAACGUGCUGAGUUACUGGUGUUUCUCCCCUGGUUACAGUAUGCAGGAGCUGCUGGCUCAGGGCGUGCGCUGCAUCAUCCUCACCUCAGGAACUCUGUCUCCUCUCACCUCCUUCACUGCAGAGAUGAAGAUAGAUGAAGAUGUGAGCCUCCUCUCUCCUCCUCUCUCCUCUGCUCUGUCUCCUCUCACCUCCUUCACUGCAGAGAUGAAGAUAGAUGAAGAUGUGAGCCUCCUCUCUCCUCCUCUCUCCUCUGCUCUGUCUCCUCUCACCUCCUUCACUGCAGAGAUGAAGAUAGAUGAAGAUGUCAGCCUCCUCUCUCCUCCUCUCUCCUCUGCUCUGUCUCCUCUCACCUCCUUCACUGCAGAGAUGAAGAUAGAUGAAGAUGUGAGCCUCCUCUCUCCUCCUCUCUCCUCUGCUCUGUCUCCUCUCACCUCCUUCACUGCAGAGAUGAAGAUAGAUGAAGAUGUGAGCCUCCUCUCUCCUCCUCUCUCCUCUGCUCUGUCUCCUCUCACCUCCUUCACUGCAGAGAUGAAGAUAGAUGAAGAUGUGAGCCUCCUCUCUCCUCCUCUCUCCUCUGCUCUGUCUCCUCUCACCUCCUUCACUGCAGAGAUGAAGAUAGAUGAAGAUGUGAGCCUCCUCUCUCCUCCUCUCUCCUCUGCUCUGUCUCCUCUCACCUCCUUCACUGCAGAGAUGAAGAUAGAUGAAGAUGUGAGCCUCCUCUCUCCUCCUCUCUCCUCUGCUCUGUCUCCUCUCACCUCCUUCACUGCAGAGAUGAAGAUAGAUGAAGAUGUGAGCCUCCUCUCUCCUCCUCUCUCCUCUGCUCUGUCUCCUCUCACCUCCUUCACUGCAGAGAUGAAGAUAGAUGAAGAUGUGAGCCUCCUCUCUCCUCCUCUCUCCUCUGCUCUGUCUCCUCUCACCUCCUUCACUGCAGAGAUGAAGAUAGAUGAAGAUGUGAGCCUCCUCUCUCCUCCUCUCUCCUCUGCUCUGUCUCCUCUCACCUCCUUCACUGCAGAGAUGAAGAUAGAUGAAGAUGUGAGCCUCCUCUCUCCUCCUCUCUCCUCUGCUCUGUCUCCUCUCACCUCCUUCACUGCAGAGAUGAAGAUAGAUGAAGAUGUGAGCCUCCUCUCUCCUCCUCUCUCCUCUGCUCUGUCUCCUCUCACCUCCUUCACUGCAGAGAUGAAGAUAGAUGAAGAUGUGAGCCUCCUCUCUCCUCCUCUCUCCUCUGCUCUGUCUCCUCUCACCUCCUUCACUGCAGAGAUGAAGAUAGAUGAAGAUGUGAGCCUCCUCUCUCCUCCUCUCUCCUCUGCUCUGUCUCCUCUCACCUCCUUCACUGCAGAGAUGAAGAUAGAUGAAGAUGUGAGCCUCCUCUCUCCUCCUCUCUCCUCUGCUCUGUCUCCUCUCACCUCCUUCACUGCAGAGAUGAAGAUAGAUGAAGAUGUGAGCCUCCUCUCUCCUCCUCUCUCCUCUGCUCUGUCUCCUCUCACCUCCUUCACUGCAGAGAUGAAGAUAGAUGAAGAUGUGAGCCUCCUCUCUCCUCCUCUCUCCUCUGCUCUGUCUCCUCUCACCUCCUUCACUGCAGAGAUGAAGAUAGAUGAAGAUGUGAGCCUCCUCUCUCCUCCUCUCUCCUCUGCUCUGUCUCCUCUCACCUCCUUCACUGCAGAGAUGAAGAUAGAUGAAGAUGUGAGCCUCCUCUCUCCUCCUCUCUCCUCUGCUCUGUCUCCUCUCACCUCCUUCACUGCAGAGAUGAAGAUAGAUGAAGAUGUGAGCCUCCUCUCUCCUCCUCUCUCCUCUGCUCUGUCUCCUCUCACCUCCUUCACUGCAGAGAUGAAGAUAGAUGAAGAUGUGAGCCUCCUCUCUCCUCCUCUCUCCUCUGCUCUGUCUCCUCUCACCUCCUUCACUGCAGAGAUGAAGAUAGAUGAAGAUGUGAGCCUCCCUCUCUCCUCCUCUCUCCUCUGCUCUGUCUCCUCUCACCUCCUUCACUGCAGAGAUGAAGAUGUGAGCCUCCUCUCUCCUCCUCUCUCCUCUGCUCUGUCUCCUCUCACCUCCUUCACUGCAGAGAUGAAGAUAGAUGAAGAUGUGAGCCUCCUCUCUCCUCCUCUCUCCUCUGCUCUGUCUCCUCUCACCUCCUUCACUGCAGAGAUGAAGAUAGAUGAAGAUGUGAGCCUCCUCUCUCCUCCUCUCUCCUCUGCUCUGUCUCCUCUCACCUCCUUCACUGCAGAGAUGAAGAUAGAUGAAGAUGUGAGCCUCCUCUCUCCUCCUCUCUCCUCUGCUCUGUCUCCUCUCACCUCCUUCACUGCAGAGAUGAAGAUAGAUGAAGAUGUGAGCCUCCUCUCUCCUCCUCUCUCCUCUGCUCUGUCUCCUCUCACCUCCUUCACUGCAGAGAUGAAGAUAGAUGAAGAUGUGAGCCUCCUCUCUCCUCCUCUCUCCUCUGCUCUGUCUCCUCUCACCUCCUUCACUGCAGAGAUGAAGAUAGAUGAAGAUGUGAGCCUCCUCUCUCCUCCUCUCUCCUCUGCUCUGUCUCCUCUCACCUCCUUCACUGCAGAGAUGAAGAUAGAUGAAGAUGUGAGCCUCCUCUCUCCUCCUCUCUCCUCUGCUCUGUCUCCUCUCACCUCCUUCACUGCAGAGAUGAAGAUAGAUGAAGAUGUGAGCCUCCUCUCUCCUCCUCUCCUCUGCUCUGUCUCCUCUCACCUCCUUCACUGCAGAGAUGAAGAUGUGAGCCUCCUCUCUCCUCCUCUCUCCUCUGCUCUGUCUCCUCUCACCUCCUUCACUGCAGAGAUGAAGAUAGAUGAAGAUGUGAGCCUCCUCUCUCCUCCUCUCUCCUCUGCUCUGUCUCCUCUCACCUCCUUCACUGCAGAGAUGAAGAUAGAUGAAGAUGUGAGCCUCCUCUCUCCUCCUCUCUCCUCUGCUCUGUCUCCUCUCACCUCCUUCACUGCAGAGAUGAAGAUAGAUGAAGAUGUGAGCCUCAUCUCUCCUCCUCUCUCCUCUGCUCUGUCUCCUCUCACCUCCUUCACUGCAGAGAUGAAGAUAGAUGAAGAUGUGAGCCUCCUCUCUCCUCCUCUCUCCUCUGCUCUGUCUCCUCUCACCUCCUUCACUGCAGAGAUGAAGAUAGAUGAAGAUGUGAGCCUCCUCUCUCCUCCUCUCUCCUCUGCUCUGUCUCCUCUCACCUCCUUCACUGCAGAGAUGAAGAUAGAUGAAGAUGUGAGCCUCCUCUCUCCUCCUCUCUCCUCUGCUCUGUCUCCUCUCACCUCCUUCACUGCAGAGAUGAAGAUAGAUGAAGAUGUGAGCCUCCUCUCUCCUCCUCUCUCCUCUGCUCCGUCUCCUCUCACCUCCUUCACUGCAGAGAUGAAGAUAGAUGAAGAUGUGAGCCUCCUCUCUCCUCCUCUCUCCUCUGCUCUGUCUCCUCUCACCUCCUUCACUGCAGAGAUGAAGAUAGAUGAAGAUGUGAGCCUCCUCUCUCCUCCUCUCUCCUCUGCUCUGUCUCCUCUCACCUCCUUCACUGCAGAGAUGAAGAUAGAUGAAGAUGUGAGCCUCCUCUCUCCUCCUCUCUCCUCUGCUCUGUCUCCUCUCACCUCCUUCACUGCAGAGAUGAAGAUAGAUGAAGAUGUGAGCCUCCUCUCUCCUCCUCUCUCCUCUGCUCUGUCUCCUCUCACCUCCUUCACUGCAGAGAUGAAGAUAGAUGAAGAUGUGAGCCUCCUCUCUCCUCCUCUCUCCUCUGCUCUGUCUCCUCUCACCUCCUUCACUGCAGAGAUGAAGAUAGAUGAAGAUGUGAGCCUCCUCUCUCCUCCUCUCUCCUCUGCUCUGUCUCCUCUCACCUCCUUCACUGCAGAGAUGAAGAUAGAUGAAGAUGUGAGCCUCCUCUCUCCUCCUCUCUCCUCUGCUCUGUCUCCUCUCACCUCCUUCACUGCAGAGAUGAAGAUAGAUGAAGAUGUGAGCCUCCUCUCUCCUCCUCUCUCCUCUGCUCUGUCUCCUCUCACCUCCUUCACUGCAGAGAUGAAGAUAGAUGAAGAUGUGAGCCUCCUCUCUCCUCCUCUCUCCUCUGCUCUGUCUCCUCUCACCUCCUUCACUGCAGAGAUGAAGAUAGAUGAAGAUGUGAGCCUCCUCUCUCCUCCUCUCUCCUCUGCUCUGUCUCCUCUCACCUCCUUCACUGCAGAGAUGAAGAUAGAUGAAGAUGUGAGCCUCCUCUCUCCUCCUCUCUCCUCUGCUCCGUCUCCUCUCACCUCCUUCACUGCAGAGAUGAAGAUAGAUGAAGAUGUGAGCCUCCUCUCUCCUCCUCUCUCCUCUGCUCUGUCUCCUCUCACCUCCUUCACUGCAGAGAUGAAGAUAGAUGAAGAUGUGAGCCUCCUCUCUCCUCCUCUCUCCUCUGCUCUGUCUCCUCUCACCUCCUUCACUGCAGAGAUGAAGAUAGAUGAAGAUGUGAGCCUCCUCUCUCCUCCUCUCUCCUCUGCUCUGUCUCCUCUCACCUCCUUCACUGCAGAGAUGAAGAUAGAUGAAGAUGUGAGCCUCCUCUCUCCUCCUCUCUCCUCUGCUCCGUCUCCUCUCACCUCCUUCACUGCAGAGAUGAAGAUAGAUGAAGAUGUGAGCCUCCUCUCUCCUCCUCUCUCCUCUGCUCUGUCUCCUCUCACCUCCUUCACUGCAGAGAUGAAGAUAGAUGAAGAUGUGAGCCUCCUCUCUCCUCCUCUCUCCUCUGCUCUGUCUCCUCUCACCUCCUUCACUGCAGAGAUGAAGAUAGAUGAAGAUGUGAGCCUCCUCUCUCCUCCUCUCUCCUCUGCUCUGUCUCCUCUCACCUCCUUCACUGCAGAGAUGAAGAUAGAUGAAGAUGUGAGCCUCCUCUCUCCUCCUCUCUCCUCUGCUCUGUCUCCUCUCACCUCCUUCACUGCAGAGAUGAAGAUAGAUGAAGAUGUGAGCCUCCUCUCUCCUCCUCUCUCCUCUGCUCUGUCUCCUCUCACCUCCUUCACUGCAGAGAUGAAGAUAGAUGAAGAUGUGAGCCUCCUCUCUCCUCCUCUCUCCUCUGCUCUGUCUCCUCUCACCUCCUUCACUGCAGAGAUGAAGAUAGAUGAAGAUGUGAGCCUCCUCUCUCCUCCUCUCUCCUCUGCUCUGUCUCCUCUCACCUCCUUCACUGCAGAGAUGAAGAUAGAUGAAGAUGUGAGCCUCCUCUCUCCUCCUCUCUCCUCUGCUCUGUCUCCUCUCACCUCCUUCACUGCAGAGAUGAAGAUAGAUGAAGAUGUGAGCCUCCUCUCUCCUCCUCUCUCCUCUGCUCUGUCUCCUCUCACCUCCUUCACUGCAGAGAUGAAGAUAGAUGAAGAUGUGAGCCUCCUCUCUCCUCCUCUCUCCUCUGCUCUGUCUCCUCUCACCUCCUUCACUGCAGAGAUGAAGAUAGAUGAAGAUGUGAGCCUCCUCUCUCCUCCUCUCUCCUCUGCUCUGUCUCCUCUCACCUCCUUCACUGCAGAGAUGAAGAUAGAUGAAGAUGUGAGCCUCCUCUCUCCUCCUCUCUCCUCUGCUCCGUCUCCUCUCACCUCCUUCACUGCAGAGAUGAAGAUAGAUGAAGAUGUGAGCCUCCUCUCUCCUCCUCUCUCCUCUGCUCUGUCUCCUCUCACCUCCUUCACUGCAGAGAUGAAGAUAGAUGAAGAUGUGAGCCUCCUCUCUCCUCCUCUCUCCUCUGCUCUGUCUCCUCUCACCUCCUUCACUGCAGAGAUGAAGAUAGAUGAAGAUGUGAGCCUCCUCUCUCCUCCUCUCUCCUCUGCUCUGUCUCCUCUCACCUCCUUCACUGCAGAGAUGAAGAUAGAUGAAGAUGUGAGCCUCCUCUCUCCUCCUCUCUCCUCUGCUCUGUCUCCUCUCACCUCCUUCACUGCAGAGAUGAAGAUAGAUGAAGAUGUGAGCCUCCUCUCUCCUCCUCUCUCCUCUGCUCUGUCUCCUCUCACCUCCUUCACUGCAGAGAUGAAGAUAGAUGAAGAUGUGAGCCUCCUCUCUCCUCCUCUCUCCUCUGCUCUGUCUCCUCUCACCUCCUUCACUGCAGAGAUGAAGAUAGAUGAAGAUGUGAGCCUCCUCUCUCCUCCUCUCUCCUCUGCUCUGUCUCCUCUCACCUCCUUCACUGCAGAGAUGAAGAUAGAUGAAGAUGUGAGCCUCCUCUCUCCUCCUCUCUCCUCUGCUCUGUCUCCUCUCACCUCCUUCACUGCAGAGAUGAAGAUAGAUGAAGAUGUGAGCCUCCUCUCUCCUCCUCUCUCCUCUGCUCUGUCUCCUCUCACCUCCUUCACUGCAGAGAUGAAGAUAGAUGAAGAUGUGAGCCUCCUCUCUCCUCCUCUCUCCUCUGCUCUGUCUCCUCUCACCUCCUUCACUGCAGAGAUGAAGAUAGAUGAAGAUGUGAGCCUCCUCUCUCCUCCUCUCUCCUCUGCUCUGUCUCCUCUCACCUCCUUCACUGCAGAGAUGAAGAUGUGA